AACAAGGUGACAUCGUCUAAUCACAGGCUUGCGAUAACGGUUUAAUCGGGACGUGGAAGUUCGACGGUCUCUUUGGCUCAGUAGUUUGCUUGGACGCCGAGAGCUAACAGUAACUCCAGUAACUUUAAAGUAUUCGGGGUGUCGCGUUCAAUUGGCUAAACCCAAAAGAAAAGGAAGCAAAAAAUGAAUAAGCUGGAAGAAAUUAAGCAGGAACUCGUCCCACACCUGGUGAACGAGCGGGUCUUUUGCGAGCCCGGUUCGCGUGAGUUUAUCGAGCUAGAUUCGAUCGAGAUCGAGGAGACUAAAUCUGAAUGGAGUUCAUACGACAGAGUCUGUAAAUUAUACCGCGGAAAAGUAAAUAUAAAAUUCUCCGGAGAGGUGAAGACAUUUCCGGUGUUCAUAAAAGAGGAGGUGCUGCAUCACUCCAAUUCGUGCGUUAAAAUCCAGAACGAGAUCUGCUUUUACAAAGAGAUAGCGCCAAAACUUGGAUUAACGAGUAUACCGAAAUGUUAUUGGACGGGAAAAUAUCAAGAUCAAGGGUUGAAUUACAUUAUUUUGGAGGAUUUGCAAGCCGAGGGGUAUAAGGUGGUGAAGUCGCGAAGGUUGGACAAAGAACACAUGAAACUUGCUCUCGAAGCUAUAGCCAAAAUCCACGGAAAGGGCCUAAGCUUCAAAGAUAAUAAUUACAAUGAAUUUAGACACGUUUCUAAAUUAUUAACUACGAUACCUCCCGAAAUGUAUACGAUUACCACUCUUGGGAGCAUUAAGCGAUUACAAAAAUAUCUGACGAGUCGAUAUAGUCACUCGCAAUUUGGCGCAAUAGCCAAAAGUAUCGAUAAGCUCCUCGAGAGUAAGAACAUGGAUGACAUCUAUGGUCAUUACAGUCCUAUUUUUAAUGAAUGCGAAAACGACAUUUUUACCAUUUGCCAUGGAAACUUCACCAGAGACAACUUGAUGUAUAAAUACAACGGGAACAUUCCAGAGGCGGUUAAAGUAAUCGACUGGAAGUCGGCAAGAUACAGCUCGCCUCUCGUGGACUUGUAUUCCGUGAUUUUUCUUAAUUCUACGAGUACCGAGUGGUCACACGUUGUCGUCGAACAAAAUUUAUAUACUCAAGCUUUACGAAGCGUGUAUUCAAAUAUUCCCACGAGCUUCAUGCAACAGGAAUUUAAAAAAAAGUUGGAAUACGCUCUCCUCAAGGCGGGCUACUACGAGGACAUGUCUUACGAACGCCUAGAUAAUAUCCUGUCCGCAAUAGAAUCACGAGUGUAAACAUCAAUUCUCCUCCUGGAAACGUACACUCUAUUGUUCUUCAACGUCGUUACUUGGCGACAUAUAUUUCGCCUUCUAUUCUCACGUACCUACAUUAGUAAAUAUACAAUAAUUUGCACGAUGUCCCCUUGAUUUCUUCACUAUUGUCCAGGAAAUACUCAAAGAGGACUGCGGCCUCAAUUUACGCGUUCGCCGACGCGAUUUGGCUAAAAAAUAAAAUUAUUAAUUACA